AUUACUUGAGGAAAUUUCCCAGAAGGUCCAGAGACUUUCGACCAUUCGCUUGCAAGGGUAUGUUGAAGUUCGUGGACGUUUUGGAGGUUAGGUGUCCAUUGAAGCCACAAUAUAAGAGCUUCUUCGGAAACCUAAGGUCUUACAUGAACUUUAUAAACUCGGCGUCCGGGUCGAAAAACUUUGAUGCCGAGCUGAAAGGGAAAGCCCAGGGUCUUCUCUCAGCUAUGUCUGCAAUGAGUGGCAAAGGCGGCGCAUCGGCUGAUUCUAGCAAGGUUAUGGAUACAUUGUUGUCAAUGGGAAAGACUUUGGGCAACCAACAGCAGAGCGGUUCAACGGUAAUGUCGUUUGGACAAAGGAAAGAGAUGAUCAUGUCUAUGGUGAAAUGGGCACAAACGAUUGGUCAAUUUGUCGUGAGUGCUGCAGCAAAGAGCGGUAACAAAAUUGAUAUAUCGUCUUUAGGAAUUGAUGGCAUUGAUGCUAGUGCUGCCGCCGGAGCUGGAGAUUCUACUACGAGUGGCGGUACCUCUGCCACUGGAACUGGAAGUUAUGGCGUCGGAGCUGGAGGUUCUAGCCCUGCUGGCGCUGGUACCGCAGCUGGAGGCACUACCGUCGCUGGAGGCACUACCGCUGCUGGCACUGAAACAACAGCUGGAGGCACUACCGCAGCUGGGGCUGGUGCCGCAGCUGGUGCUGGAGCCGCAGCUGGCGCUGGUACCGCAGCUGGAGGCGCUGGUACCGCAGCUGGAGGCACUACCGUCGCUGGAGGCACUACCGUCGCUGGAGGCACUACCGCUGCUGGCACUGAUACAACAGCUGGAGGCACUACCGCAGCUGGCGCUGGUGCUGGAGCCGCAGCUGGCGCUGGUACCGCAGCUGGAGGCACUACCGCCGCUGGUGGUGUAAGUGGAAGCUAUGGCAGUAGUGGAGGAAGUGCUUCGAACACCAAUGUUGGAACUAAUAGUUGCACCACAAGUGCGUGUUCUAGUGGUGGUGGAACCUCCUUUAAAGGUGCUAUGAACUUUCAAGGAAAGGCAUCUUCUCAGUCUCAAUCUCAACAAACCGCGUCAUCCCAAACCUCUGAUGGCUCCAGCUAGAAAAGGACCGACCUAGUAUAUAUAUAAACGUACGUAUUAAUA